GGUCGGCCAGCGGCCGCGGUGCCCUCUCGGGCUGCUCGGCGGCCAUGGGGAAGAAGACGAACAACAUGCCCGUCAGGAAGAAGAAGCUCAAGCACGCCAACAACUUCCAGUUCCAGAGCCGGGGCGGCCUCGGCAGCCGGCGCGCCAAGGGCCGGGAGAGCAAGCGGCGGGAGCGGCUCGCGGAGCAGAUGGCCCUGGAGAAAGGGGUCCCCGCGCAGCUGGAGGCCGCGCCGAAGGCGGAGGAGGCCGAGCGGGACCUGCUCGACCUGGCCAAGGCCCAGGAGGACAGGGCCGCCUGCGAGGACCCCGAGGCGCCACUCAGCAGGACGGCGCGGAAGAAGCGCCGGAUCGCCGCGCGCAAGGCCGAGGCGCGGCAUGAGGAGAAGCGCCGCAGCGAGGCGGAGCUCGAGAGGAGCCACCUCCCCGGCGCCGGGAUCCGCCAGGGCACCGUGCAGUUCGCCGACGACGCCGGGGAGGACGCGGCGCCGGGAGGCGGCUCGGGCGGCGCGCGGGCGCAGGCCGCCGCCAGCAGCGGGGCGAGGCCCAGGGGCUCGGCCGGGCCCUGGGGUGCGCUGCUGCAGCGCGGCUGCCUGCUGCCAGGCGCGUCGGUGGUGCUGGUCGGGCUGCAGGGGGCGGCGGAGCUCAACGGGCGCCUGGCGACGUGCGCGCGCUGGGACGACGGCAGGGCCAGGUGGCUGGUGCGGCUGGAGGGGGGCACGGAGAAGCUCUUGAGGCCCGAGAACGUGGAGCUCAACACCGGCACUGCGCCCGUGCUGUGGGCGGGGGCGCAGGGGCGCCGAGUGCCUGGCGCGGCCAGGCGGAGGCGCAACGCUGCUCAGCACGCAGGGCGGGUACCAGCUGGCGGCUUCGUGACGGCAUCCGAGGCGGAGCUGGCGUGGGCUGCUGGCGGGCCGAGGCUCGACGCCAGGCUGCUCUGCCUGGCUGAUGCGCGUGCCGACGCGGAGGUCGCCGAGCGGAGCCUGACGGUGGAGCUCGGGGGCAGGCUCUGCGACGACGUAGUGGACGUGGGCUCGGUGAGGAGCGCGGGGGAAGGCGGCUCGGCUUGGCUAGCGCCAGGUACCUGGCAGGCGGUGGACCCCGAGGCGGAGGCCAAGGUCUUCGCGGAGGGCAUCGCGGCUGGGUGGCGCCUCGCUGGGCUGGAGAAAGGCGCGCCGUGGGACCUCGUGCGAGGCGGGCGGCUGUUCGAGUGGGACGGCCACCAGCAGCACAAGAAGCAGGCUGUGGCGAAGCGCUGGGCUGCACGGUGGAGGCGGCGAGCGGAGUCCAGCCAGGGCGCGGGCCUGAUGCAAAAGGUGCGCGCACGUGCAGAUCACCUGGCUCUCAGAAGGGAGCUGGACGCAGAGAUUGCCCUUAACCACCACAUCAAGGAGCUGUGGCGGAAGCACACCCGCCAGGCCACGAGCAUGUGAGGCGGGGGGCGGCGG